AUGGAACAACCAAUGGCAGCAGAACGACAGACCGUUGUAAUUAAUCCCAUUCCUACAGAAAUGCUACGGCUUAUUCCACUUUUUAAUGGUGACAAAAGACAGUUAAAUUUGUUUUUGAGGAAAUGUGAAUAUGUCAUUCGUAGGUAUAGGGGUGACGAAGAACAAAAUUUAUACGUUUAUCAUUCUAUAACUAGUAGGCUUACAGAUAACGCGGCGUCACUCUUAUCGGAACGGGAGGAUGUCGUGUCGUGGUCGCAGUUGAAAGAUUUGCUAACGCAACAUUUCGGAGACCCCCGUAGCGAAGAGUGUAUUAGUAUUGAAUUAGAAUCUUUAAAGAUUAAAUCUGGUGAAAACUUUCAAGAUUUUUGUAACCGCAUUCAAAGUAUUCGAUCAUUAUUAAUUUCAAAAGUAAACAUAUCGGAUGAUAGUAAUCUUAAAAGCGCUAAAUUGGCAAUUUACAACAAUACAGCUCUAAACGUAUUCCUAUACAAUCUUCCCGAGAAUAUGGUUCGGAUAGUGAGGUUAAAGAGGCCAGCGACUUUAGAAGACGCGCUGAGCAUUGUACUAGAGGAAGUCAACUUCCACGAUCAAUACAAUAUGCGUAAUCGUGUUCACGGUAGUAGUGGUUUAGCUUUAAGGCAGCCUCAAACAUCAGUUCCAAUACAAGGAUUUAAAUUCGGUAGUGCGCCUCACACGGUAAUGCAACCAUACGGAUACAAACCAGUGUUUCCAAAUAACAUUACACCAAAAUUUAAUUUCGGCAUUCCAAAUCAAAGCCAAUUUAAGAUGCCCCAAUCUGGCUUUCGUCCUCAACCAAUGCAACAGAUAGGUUACCGUCCACCUCAAUUUGGUUAUCGGCCACAACUUGGCCAGCAACCACAACAGUUCAGCUAUCGUCCACAACUCGGCCCUCAGCCACAACAGUUCGGUUACCGUCCACAACUGGGCUUUCAGCCACAUCAUUUUGGUCAAAGACCUCAACAGCAAUUUGGCCAUAUGCCAACUACACAAUUUGGUUACCGUCCACCUCAAUUUGGUUAUCGGCCACAACUUGGCCAGCAACCACAACAGUUCAGCUAUCGUCCACAACUCGGCCCUCAGCCACAACAGUUCGGUUACCGUCCACAACUGGGCUUUCAGCCACAUCAUUUUGGUCAAAGACCUCAACAGCAAUUUGGCCAUAUGCCAACUACACAAUUUGGUAAUAAACCACAAACUCAGAAACCCAAUUUUCAAGAGACUGACGUUUCCAUGAGGACAGCUCCUCCAAGGCCACAACCCGGCUUUAGAUUAAAUGAGUUGACCUUAAGAGAAAAUGACGGACAGUAUAACGAGUAUUAUGACACAGACGAAUAUGUAGAGCAAUAUGAUAACGAAUUCACACCAUCUCCGGAAGAAACUGUUGACGAAACAACUUAUGACGAGUUUGCAGACGAAACUCAACCUCAAACUCUUGAAAAUUUUCACAUGAAAGCCUCCAUCGGAGACAAGAAGUCAUAG